GCAGUCGAGUCUGUAUGUCCCAUAUAAGGACUUGCUGAUGAUGUAAUGGGCGCCACUGACUGCAAGCGAGUCUCAGUGUGCAGAGCACUUCUCAUAAUGUUUGGUUUUCCGGAUGGAAUGUCCACAUCACUGGGAUCUCCGGGAAAAGGAGAGGUAGAAGAGUAGAGGCAAUUUAUUCUCUGAGGAUUUUAAAAGGACAGAGGCAAACAGCACCGCACAGACUCAAGCUCCUGAUUGUAAAGGAGAGAGAAUACCAGGAGAUAAAAGAGAAGAAAAGUAAAAGGGAAAUAUCAGCUCUAACAAACGAACUGGCCAACCUGAAAGCUUUUGCACUGCUGGUUGUAAAGGAGCAACAUUGUCAGAGCAAGUUGCUGCAGGAACAGAGGCAUCGUGUCAAAGAACUUACUGCCAUCACUGAUCACAUCAAGCAGGAGGUCAGUGCUGCCUACCCCUGUGCAAAAAAGGAGGAAUUCAAACCCCUGCAUCUGGAAGUGGAACAUUAUAACAAAGUUUCCAUCUUCAACCCAAGACAGAACACCAUGACAGCCCCAAGCCUGCUGUCAGAGGUUGAAGUACUGAGAAGGAGGGUUGUGGAAAUGGAGGGAAAGGAUGAGGAGCUGCUACGCAUGUGGGACCAGUGUCGAGACCUGGACCGCAGACUAGCACAGGAGACCAGCCACUGCCGUAGUUUGAGAGCUGAGGUGGAUAAUCUCAAUGGCAGAAUUAGUGAAUUGGACAGGCUAGAGGAGGCUUUAGGUAAGAGCAAACAAGACUGCAGUGUUCUGAAGGGCAGCUUGGAGAGAGAGAGAGAGGUUAGCAAGAUUCUCUCUGGUGAACUCGACACUCUGAAAGUUAGGGUGAGAGAACUAGAGGCCACUGAAGGACAACUUGAGAAGAGUGAAGCUGUAAUUAGACAAGACCUAGCCAAGCUCAGGUCACUGACUGUAGCUUUGGUGGAGGACAGAAAGAUCAUGGCUGAAAGGCUCCGGCAGGCUGAAGAAAAACUCAACAGGAAAGAGAGCAAAAAGAACGAGCAAAGCAAUUUGUCAACAAUGACAGAAAGGCUGAGAGAUGAGAGGCAGCAGACACUGAGGACUAACUUGGAUUUAGAGGAAAGGAUUAAGAGCAUACCAAAGGAAAACGAUGAGCUCCAAGACAGACUACGAACAGAGGAGGAGCGGAACAGAGAGCUACAGAGUAAAAUAACCAUAAUGAAGAAAAGGUUACAGGUCAUGGAAAAUAGGAUAGAAAAAGAGGACAAGUACACACACAACUCUAUUUCAAAAAACCCUAACCAUCACUGCCAAACAGAGGACAACAAAGUCAAAGAACUGAACCAGGAGCUUGAUAGACUGCGAAAGAGACUACAGGAGAAAGAGAUGUUGGAGGGAGAGCUAGUGAAAGUAGAAGAGGACUUUGAGUCCCUGGAAAAAAGUUUCAAAGAUGAACAGAAGAGGUCCCAGACUCUAACAGAGGAGCUAGAGUUGGCAAAGAGGGAGCUUGCCAGGUAUGACCAGGCAGAGAAGCAGGAGGUCAAUCAGGAGCACCUUCUCCUUUGUCGUCUUCAGAAAGAGCAGGUCAAGUCCAGACUGUUAGGCAGAGAGGUAGAUAGCUUGAAAGAGAAACUCCAGAAGCUAAUGGGAACUGAGGAAUCUAUCUGCAGGGUUCAGACAGAUCACUCCACACUGCAGAGAAAACUGACCCACCAGGAAGCCAAGAACAAAGAGCUGGCCAGACAGAUGAAGGAACUGAGCAGUGAGUUAGACAGGUAUAGACGAAUCAAGAAUAUUACACCUGGUGCAAGUAGACACCACUUUUCAAACCCUCAUCAGAACAUCAAAGAGGUUCAAACUGAGGAGAGGGGUAGCCUGCCUCCUGACUACCGUGAGAAACUAGAUGAAGAAUAUAAGGUUGAGGACCCAAACCACAAUGUAGAAGUCAUCAACAGAAGAAGCUCUCUUGUCAACAACCUUAACAGUUUGAACAGUGCAAAUAAUAACACGAGCCAAUAUAAUAACCAUUCAGCCAAUGGCAUAGAUAUGGGUAAUGGAGAGGUGAUGAUGCUAACACACACACCAGGGCAGCCCUUACACAUCAAAGUAACACCACACCAUAUACUCAACACAGCCACACUUGAGAUUAGCAGUCCAAAUGGAGACACAGCUACAUCUUACACCAGCACAGCUGUCAUUCCAAGAAGUGGAGCCUCACCUAAGCAGAGAAUUACCAUCAUCCAGAACUCAGCUCUGUCUGCAGUUAAUAAUAAACCCCCUCCUUCAAGUCCCGACCGCACUGUCUCCCCACUUAAUGGAACACCCAUCUCUCGGAUGUUAAGUCCAAAUUCAUCACGCUCUGUGACACCAGACCAUAACAACCCCCCGAUUCAGAUUGUAACAGUCAGGACCUGUUCUCCGGAGCCAACAGAAGUAGCCAAUCAGACUGUCUUCUGCAAGUCUCCUGAGCGGCAGAACAGCUGGCAACAUCAGAGGUCCAACAGCACAGACACAAGUCCCAGUAUCAUUACCACAGAGGAUAACAAGAUCCAUAUCCAUCUGGGGAACCCAUAUAUCCAGUCUCUGAAUGGUAUGACCCACAGCAUCUCACAGCCUGCUGGGCCAUACUAUCUCCGACAUGAGCAAAGGACUCAAGUACUAACCAAUGGUUGUCAUGUCAAAGGUGUUGGAAAGAUCACAAGUAGCAUUACUAUAUCCCCUGAUACCACUUAAGCUUCACAUUCCUCAAAUAUUACAUUAAGUGGCCUGCAGUACUAUGUUCUCAGUUUCAUUCCUGGACUGCAAUACCCUUCAUUUAAUGAGAAUUCAGUUUGUUAUAUUUGUAACAAUUCUCAAAUAAAUGGUUUGCGGUAUUUCUCCUUGAUAGUUAGUCUGUGUCUACAAUUACUGAUGUUAACAUCCCUUUACUGCAUGUAUGAUUUGUGUCUAAUGCUUUUACGAAAUUAACUGUUGCAACCAAAUGUGUUUUAUACAAUUUUCUGUUUCAUUAAUGUUUGUUUCUGUUCAUUAAAGGCAUUAUGUUUUUAUCUAUUCAACUUAUUAUUUCCUUUUGAGGGGGGGCUAGCAUCAACACAGCCAACAGGUUGCAAGCUAAUUUAAAUGCAAAACAAAAGGACCG